GGGCAGCGAGGAGCCGCUGGGUUCUAUGGUGACGGGAUUCAGAGCGUAGAAGAAGAAGCUGCUUCCGGUCCAUGUGUUUGGAUCCAGCAUGUCGCCUCCAGGAGGAAAAAUCAACCGACCGAAAACCGAGUUGGGGAAGAAUCUUUUCAAGCGUCGUCGGGUUCAGAGUCGAGAGAAAAGGAGGAAGAAGCAAAUCGUUGGAGCCGUGAUCGAUGAAGGUCUCAUCACCAUCCACCACCUGAGGAAGAGGAAGUCCAGUCCCAGAGCCAACAUCACUCUUUCUGGGAAGAAGAGACGGAAGCUACUGAAGCAGCUGCAUCAUCAACAGCAGGAGAAGAACGUGAUGGAAGUGGCACCGGCUGCAGCACCACAGAAGAAGACGGACGCCCCCCCAGCUCCAACCCAGAGCAAGAAGAAGAAGAAGAAGAAGGCGGGGGCGGGGUCUGGGAGUCAGGAGGACGUGGAGGACGUGGAGAUGGUCGACGCCGAAUGAGGACACGUCCUCAGGUUCCUGAACAGAGUUGAACUGGUUCUUUAAUCAGAACCUGAGACGUUCCCACGUUCUUCCUCAUGGUUCAGUGUUUAACUUCCUGCUUCAUCCUGGAGGAGAACACGUCCACAAAACACCCGAGACAGUUUAAACCUCCGACCGGGGAGUCUCUGUCUGCACCUCCUCCUCCUCCUGCUCCUCCUGCUCCUCCUGCACCUCCUCCUCCUGCACCUCCUCCUCCUCCUGCUCUUCCUCCUCCUCCUCCUCCUCCUCCUCCUGCUCCUCCUGCUCCUCCUCCUCCUCCUCCUGCAGAAACCAGGGCUGGUUCCAGGGCGGAGGAAUGAUUUAAAGUCUUAGUUUAUUUUGGUUUGAUAUUAUAAAUGUUUGUAUUAUCAUAUUAAAACGAUUCAAUGAUCUUUCUGAGUCUUUAUCAGUUUUAAAACAGAAUAGAAAACUUUUAUUAUUAUUAUAUGCUUAUUAUUAUUAUUAUUAUUAUUAUUAUUAAUAUUAUUAAUGUUAUUAUUAUAAUGUUUAUUUCUGUUGAAUUAUUUAUAUGAAACAGUUUUGUUCCAGGUGAGAUCAGAUUUGUUCGUUCUCUCAUGUAAAUGUGUAGAAAUAAGAAUUAAAGAUUAAUUGAAGUGGCUCUAAUGAGACAGAACUAAUUAACUCAUUAACUUUCAUGGAUCCUUCCACCGAUGAUCAGCUGAUUGGUUCAUAUCAGAUAAUUAACUAAUCAUUUAUUAAUAAUAAAUGCGUCAUCGUUGUGUCUCCUCCAAA